AUGAACGACUUUGACGAGUGCGGCCCGAGCGCAGCCAGCAUGUACCUUCCCGGCUGCGCCUACUAUGUGGCCCCGUCGGACUUCGCAAGCAAGCCGUCGUUCCUGUCACAACCGUCGUCCUGCCAGAUGACUUUCCCCUACUCUUCCAACCUGGCGCCGCACGUCCAGCCCGUGCGCGAAGUGGCCUUCCGCGACUACGGCCUGGAGCGCGCCAAGUGGCCAUACCGCGGCGGCGGCGGCGGCGGCGCGGGGGGCGGCGGCAGUGGGGGCGGCCCUGGCGGGGGCGGCAGCAGCGGCGCCGGGGGCUACGCUCCCUACUACGCGGCAGCGGCGGCGGCAGCAGCGGCGGCGGCUGCGGCCGAGGAGGCGGCCAUGCAGCGCGAACUGCUCCCGCCCGCGGGCCGGCGGCCGGACGUGCUCUUCAAGGCGCCCGAGCCGGUGUGUGCCGCGCCCGGGCCGCCGCACGGCCCGGCGGGCGCAGCCUCCAACUUCUACAGCGCCGUUGGCCGCAAUGGCAUCCUGCCGCAGGGCUUUGACCAGUUCUACGAGGCUGCGCCCGGGCCCCCGUUCACCGGGCCGCAGCCCCCUCCGCCGCCGGCGCCACUGCAGCCCGAGGGCGCUACCGACAAGGGCGACCCCAAGACGGGGGCCAAUGGCGGCGGGAGCAGUCCCUGCACCAAGGCGACCCCCAGCUCAGAGCCCAAAGGGGCGGCAGAAGGCGGCGAAGGCGAGGGGCCCCCGGGGGAGGCGGGGGCUGAGAAGAGCGGCGGCGCAGUGGCCCCCCAGCGGUCCCGGAAAAAGCGCUGUCCCUACACCAAGUACCAGAUCCGCGAACUGGAACGCGAGUUUUUCUUUAACGUGUACAUAAACAAAGAGAAAAGACUCCAACUCUCUCGGAUGCUCAACCUCACCGACCGGCAAGUCAAAAUCUGGUUCCAGAAUCGCAGGAUGAAAGAAAAGAAACUGAACAGAGACCGUCUGCAGUAUUUCACUGGAAACCCCUUAUUUUGAGAGCUCCAGGAAGCACCCCUCUCUCCCGAACCCCACUCACCCACUCUCCUCCCCACCAACCUGCCCUGGGCAGGCCCAAUAUCCUUGGGUUUAAUGCCGCCUCUUCUCUGUGGAACUCCACGAUUCCUUCCCACGGUCAACUCGGGACCUCCCAGCGACCACUGCAGCCUGCGGACGAGGUCGGGGACUUGGCCGAACGGAUCCUAAUAAGGGGAAAAUGGUAAAUGCAAACGUCCCUUUACAAUUUUAUCGCCAAUGCGCUGUUGUUCUCCCUCCCUCUCUCUGAGUUCCCGUGGGGACGCUGUGGGAUUGGUAGAGUUAGGCCGAAGGGCUGGAAGGCGCUUGUUUUUGUUCUGAGUCUAAGGGACCCCGUCCUUGCCUCUUGGUGAAUGCAGAUUAUUUAAACUCUGGGAAAUGUACCUUUGGUCUGUCUUAUCAAGGCAUGAGUCACUGUUUUUUUGUGUGAAUAAAUGGUUUCUAGUAAAAUGGA